UAGUUUAAGUGUAAUUUUUUACCAUUUAAGCAGAACCGAUCUAAGCGUGACAAGUUGUGUAUCCAAACAAGUAUUGUUUAACUUGCUCAUCUCUUUUUUAUGACAAUGGUUCUUAAACUCUGUCAUUUUGAUAGCUUAAUGAGGAAAACAUCAUUUCACAUUAUCUACUGAAGUGUCAAUUUUUUUUUUCUUAAAAAACUUCUUCUUAGUUCAAGCUUAUAUCAAACUUGACCGGGCUCUACAAACUUUACAGCAAAAUGUGGAUCAUUUAUGUUACUGCUGCCUUGUAUUUAAUCGAUUAUGCGUCGACAACUUCGAGCGGCGGCAUGGAUUUGCAAUCAGCUUAUGACGCGUGUCCAAUCGGAAACCUUUUCGACUCCGAAAUUGGCAGUUGCAAAGUGUGCACUGAAGUCAUCCAGGGGCCAGGGGACCCUAGCGACAGAACCAGUCCCUACUCUCUAGUGCAGCCGAACGAUGACUCAUGCUACUCGGAAACAUCAUGUCUUGAAGAGCCCACAUCCAGAGACCAGUUGUGCGCGUGUGAGUUUCCGCUGACUCUUCUCGGCAACAACGACAGCGAGUGUGGCCACUGCAGGGAGAGUACUGACUGCUGGCCCAACGAACAGUGUCUCCGGCUAGAGAACCACGGAAACAUCUGUGCACUACCCUGCGAAAGAGACGCCGACUGCCAAUUAAACUACGGUUUCUACCCCGGAAUGAUUUGCAAGGAACCCUAUUAUCUGCAGUCGUCCCGAAACGACGUCGGAAAAAUCUGCGCUUGCUCGGCUCCAUACGACUUAAUUCGUGGGUUUGGUUGUGUGGACAAACAGAACCUGACUGUUGCCCCCAUAGAUUGUUACGAGUGCGAGGGGGCUGAAGACUGCGCUGUGGCGCCUUUCGAAAGGGGGGUAAGGUGCGGAUCCAAUCAAGGAUGCUUCACAAAAGCAGUCAUAAGAAACUGGGCACCUAGAAGUUACAAUGAAUACGACCAUGUCUUCUUCGACGUCGACCGAAACAUCGAGGUCAGCCGGGGAUGUCUGGACGUCAACGCCUCGACUGAGAGGACUCGAACUUCCUUCCUCAACGGCAACAAAACCCUGUGGCAGAACUGCGAAGUGGUCAGCAAGCCGAAUGGCGACGAAAUCGAAUGUUUCAGCACAUGUAUCUCGAGGUAUUGCAACUGGGAGUCUGUGGAUCCUAUCGUCCGGGUGUACAAGGCAGACGACAACAGAAUUCUCUUCCUCAUCCUUUUCGGAGUGCUUUUCUCGUUUGCCAUUUUGAUUAUCUUACUGUGGAGUAUAUAUCAACACGAGAAGGCAGUCCGGGAACAAAAAGAAGACGACAAGGGCAAACUACUCGACUCGGCUGCCGACUACGGAGCCACGUCCGAGUCUACGACGACUCCCGAACCCGAGGCAAAACUCCAACCCGAGCCCGAAGUCUCAAAGAAGAAAUCAAAUGUUGUGGUUGAGAAGGAAGAUAUCACUUUGAAAGCGUCGUCUAGAAUCAACACUGGAAUUAAGAAGAAGCCACCGACGGAAAUUAAAAUGGGCACAAAAGUCACUACCAAAGUUGUAGACGAAGACGAAUAGGAAAAUGAAAUCUUAUUGGGGUGAAUUGAAGAUUAUCAGGUCAAAAUGUCAACUCAGCUAAAAUAGAACUAAUCUAUCAAAUUUCCCUUAAAAUCAAAAUAUCAUUGCUAUGAACAUGACUGUGAAAAAUCACCACGGCUAUGAAAAAUCUUUAAAACAAAAUUUCAUAGGCUUACUGAAAGAUUUUUUAGAAAAAUUAUGCUUAGCAAUUUCGGCUGCAAGACAUUUUUGCUUGUUUUUGUUUUUCCCGUUAUGUGAUUAUUGGAGAAAAGGGUUUUUGCAUCAAAUGGGAAUUGGAAUACAAUGAUAUAUUUAUUUUGCUAUGGAAAACUAAUUACAAUAAAACUUUAUUGAAUUCAAUAUUUCAAAAGAA